UAUCCAUAUAGUAUGGACCAUAUUGGCCACUACACAGUUCAACUUAAGUUGUAUAUUCCAAAGCAGCCACCAUCACUUGGAGCAUAUAUAAUUCCACCCCUACACCCAUUUUCAACAUCCAUUGCUGCUUAGAGAAGAACGAUUAGUGUUUUUGAUAGUGUUAUCACAAAAAUGCCUCUCCUCAAAACCAUUCACAUGGCUUAUCCAUAUUAUUCUCCACCCCCACCAUCACCACCUCCUCCUCCUCCUCCAUGUAACCCACCACCACCACCACCACCACCUCCAUGUAACCCACCUCCACCUCCACCCAAAUCAAAACCACCACAUCACUUGUCGCCACCGCCACCGCCACCGUCACCGUCACCGCCACCGCCACCACCUCCUCCUCCUCCUAAAGGUCCAGUGGCGCCAUCACCGACGCCAACACCUCCUGGUGGUUCAGGCAUGCCACCUACUGCACAACCACCUCAUUAUUUACCACCACCAACGCCUGGUGGCCCUAACGUGCCACCUCACACACCUAGUGCGCCACCAACCUCGCCACCAACGCCUGGUGGCCCUAACGUGCCACCUCACACACCUAGUGCACCACCAAACUCACCACCAACGCCUGGUGGCCCUAACGUGCCACCUCACACACCUAGUGCACCACCAAACUCACCACCAACGCCUGGUGGCCCUGUCGUGCCUCCACCAACUUAUGGGCCACGAUCACCACAUGGUGUACCACCAACUGGCACCAUAAGCCCGCCUUCUUUUGCACCACCCACACCAUAUAAUUCUAUUCCACCAUCAUCAGGUACACUGACUCCACCACCGUCGGGAGGCGGCGGCGGCAAUCACACGACUGUUAUCGUAGUGUGCGCCUCACUCGGUGGUCUUUUCUUCCUCGCGUUUCUUGCCGUUGGUCUCUUCUGCUUGGCAAAGAAAAAGAAGAAGCCGGUUUUGAUUCCAGCAGCACCUUGUGUUGAGGAAGGUGAAGUAGCCGUAGCGACUUCAUAUACCGAGGAAAGCGCGGCGGUAGCAGUUUCAGAUGACAGUCAAAUUCAUGAAGUUGGAGGUAUAGGUGGUGGUGGCGGCCACGGCGGCGGAUAUGGACCAGGUGUGGCUGGGCCUGGGCCUAGCCAUCAGCAGUAUGGCUAGAUACACCAUAGCCUGCACAAUCAAAAGUUGAGCAAGUAGAUUGCAUAGUGUGUGCAUUUGUUUAUAGGUACUUCUAGCUGCAGCCACCACCACCCCCACUCCCACCCCACCAAGCCCCAAAACCCGGGCCCCGUCACACCACACACACACACACACACAGAGACACGUCAUUGGGGAUUUUUAUGUUUUUCUUUGAUGAAGAUGGACUUUU